AUGAUCGGUCUUACUUCAGACGUGAUGUCUGACUCUGUCAGCAUUAAAGAGACAGCUGACAAAAAGCCUGUCAAGGCAACAACAACAAGAGAUUCAGGGAGCGUUGGCUCAGAUAAUGCAGGACCCGUGAAGUUUUGUCCUUCAAACGAUGUGGAGAACAGCCCAACAGAAAAACCUGCAAAAGGAAAGAAGAUGAAAGGAGCCCGUGCUGUCUUUCGGAGAGUAUGGAAGGCUGUAAAGCGUCCUUUCCUUUGCUGUGAUCCAAACCGAGUGGUGAAUAUUACACCACAGCCGGAUCAAGAUGAUUCAGAGCUGACGCCUGUCCCGAGUCCUCCCAGAAUCGCACCGACGGCCAACACAGAUCCUGAGCCGGUGUGUCUGCCAGGCCAGGUCAGUGAAGAUGUCUGUGAAGAGUCGUCGUGUGUGCCAGGUCCCUCCAGGAGCGAGCAAAUACCUGACGUAGAAAUGGCGAUCCCGAGUCAUCACCUGUGGCAGAUCCCUCCUGUUCUGAUCUGGGUGAUGAUUGUCCAGGGUUCGACGCCACAGGUGGAUCCAGACAGUGAUGAGGACUUAGCAGAUUGUCCCCUUUCUUUUGAGUUUGAGCCAAGCUGUCAGACCAGUUCUGACCAGGGCUAUGAAGCUCUCCAGUCCCCCCCCCCACCUGUGCAAGAGGCCAGUAGAGCACCUGUCUUUUUAUUGGGAGAUCUUCUAGGACACGGAAGUUAUGGCAAGGUGUAUGAGGCAACCUACCUAUUUGGUGACAAAACGACGGUUGCCGUGAAGUACAUCCGCAAGCGUCAGACUGACCAUUAUCUUCAUCUUGCUGGUCAUUCCAAACCCGUGCUUGCAGAAGUGGCAAUGUUGCUCAGGUUGGGAAAACCUCCAUUAUGCCCCAACGUCAUCAAAUUGUACGAAUGGACUGAGAAAAAGACGAGCUUCGUGCUCAUCAUGGAGUUCCCUAAACCUUGCUGUACCUUGAAUGAGUACAUCGAGUGCUCGGAGCCCAUCAAUGAACGGGAAGCAUGCUGGUUAAUCGGUCAGUUAAUCCAAGCUUUGAAACACUGCGUCGACCGAAGGGUCUUCCACGGCGACAUCCACACGGGGAACAUCCUAGUGACUCCCACUACUUUGGAGCUCAAGCUAAUUGACUUUGGCUGCGCUCAACUGAUCCACCGCGGGGGCAAUCUCAGCAGUCAAUAUCAAGGAGCACAGCUGUACACCCCACCCGAGGUCAUGAAGGAUUCCACGUUCCACGCCGGCCCGGCGUAUGUCUGGGCUGUGGGCAUGAUUCUCUUCCGAAUCCUGCAUGGAUAUCUGCCCUUUAAAAGCAAAGACAAAAUACUGCGUAACUACACUCCGUGA